AGCUGGUCAGACUUCAUUACCAUCAGUCAUUUUAAUAGACUAGACUUCAAUACAUGUUUUAUUGUGCCAAGUUAGUUAGCUAAUUUGAGCUCGCGCCACGGCCUGCUUCAUACGCAGGUGUCCACGUCGAAGCAGCGCGUGCCCCUGCAUUGUUUGACUUGAUUAGCUAAAAGUAGCAAUUAAAUGUUAGUGUCACGACACGAGCUGUGAACAAAAUGGACGACUGGGACGAAGGGGAAGCUACUAGUACUACCACACUAACCAGCCACAACCCAACUGAAGGCAUGCAAGGAGGCUCCUGGAAUACUUCCAGUGGCGAAUAUGGAAGGGGUCGUGGUGGAAGAGGAAGAGGAGGAGGAGGCUUUAAAAGUGCGUUCUCUUCAGGUGCGGAUGAGAAUGAGAAUGGGGAUGAUGGGGGCAACUGGAACAAUGCAGGAGGAGAAAGAGGUGGUUUAAGAGGUAGAGGAGGCCGAGGCCGUGGCAGAGGAUUUGGUAGAAUGGAUCGCAGUGAAUUCACUGGAGAUGAUGGAGUGUCCGAAAAUGGCUUUAGAGGAGGCAGAGGAGGAAGAGGAAGAGGAGGAGGAGGAGGAGGUUUCAGAUCAGGUGGUGACCAGGGUGGCAGAGGAGGCUUUGGAGGAGGGGCAGACAAAGAAAAUAAGGAUGAAAGUGAUGGUGACCGACCCAGGGUCACGUACAUUCCCCCGACCCUGCCUGAAGACGAAGAGUCCAUUUUUGCCCACUAUAAGACAGGCAUCAACUUUGACAAGUAUGAUGACAUCAUGGUGGAUGUUAGCGGAACCAAUCCACCGCAGGCUAUCAUGACUUUUGAUGAGGCAGCAUUGUGCGAGUCCCUGAGAAAAGCCGUCACCAAGUCUGGUUACGUGAAGCCAACCCCUGUACAGAAGCAUGGGAUUCCAAUCAUCUCUUCUGGCAGAGAUCUCAUGGCCUGUGCUCAGACUGGAUCUGGUAAAACGGCUGCAUUCCUGCUCCCUAUUCUGCAGCAGCUGAUGACAGACGGUGUGGCUGCCAGUUCCUUCAGUGAGCUGCAGGAGCCUGAAGUCCUCAUCGUGGCCCCAACCAGGGAGCUCAUCAACCAGAUUUACAUGGAGGCCCGGAAGUUCUCCUAUGGGACAUGUGUGCGUCCAGCAGUGGUCUAUGGUGGAGUUAGCACUGGACACCAAAUAAGGGAAAUCUCAAGGGGGUGCAACCUGCUGUGUGGAACACCGGGGAGACUGUUGGAUGUGAUUGGAAGAGGAAAGAUUGGGUUGAGUAAGCUGCGGUACUUCGUGCUAGAUGAGGCUGACCGGAUGUUGGACAUGGGUUUUGAACCUGACAUGCGCCGUUUGGUGGGCUCCCCUGGAAUGCCAACCAAAGAGCACCGCCAGACUCUGAUGUUCAGUGCCACUUACCCCGAGGACAUCCAGAGGAUGGCUGCUGACUUCCUGAAAACAGACUACUUGUUUUUGGCUGUGGGUGUGGUGGGUGGAGCCUGCAGUGAUGUGGAGCAGACAUUUGUCCAAGUCGCAAAGUUCUCCAAGAGGGAGCAACUCCUUGACAUCCUGAAGACAACUGGAACGGAGCGCACCAUGGUGUUUGUGGAGACCAAGAGACAAGCUGAUUUCAUUGCUUUGUACUUGUGCCAGGAGGAUGUUCCAACAACCAGCAUUCAUGGUGACCGUGAGCAGCGGCAGCGGGAGCAGGCUCUGGCAGACUUCCGCUCCGGCAAAUGUCCAGUCCUGGUAGCUACCUCUGUAGCUGCCCGCGGUCUGGAUAUUCCUGAUGUACAGCACGUAGUGAAUUUUGACCUCCCCAACAACAUUGACGAAUAUGUCCACCGUAUUGGGAGAACUGGCCGCUGUGGUAACAUUGGGAGAGCAGUGUCUUUCUAUGACCCAGAUGCUGAUGGCCAGUUGGCUCGCUCGCUGGUCACAAUCCUGUCCAAGGCCCAGCAGGAAGUGCCCUCAUGGUUAGAAGAGUCUGCGUUCAGCGGCCCGGGAGCCACAGGCUUCAACCCCUCCAUGAGGAACUUUGCCACCUCAGACUCCAGAAAGGGUCAACAUGGAGGAUCUUUUCAGGACAACGGUGUGACGAGCCAGCCGGCUGCUCAGGCUGCAGCUGACGAUGAUGACUGGGAGUAGAGGGAAUAACACCCACACUUCAAUGACCUCAGUUUUUCUUUGCAGAUGUUCAGCUUGUUGUAGUUUUAUCACUGUUUUUGUUUAAAGGAGAAAACUUGUUUGUCUCAGCCUGUACAAAGUUUAAAAAUGUCAAGUGAGAUGUUAAACGUUGAAACCAGUGAUAACUUUUCAGACUUCACUGAGCAGCAGAUUGUGGAAAUUUUAUUUUUUUUUAAUCACUUGCAUAUAACAUGGUAAAGAAACAUGUAAGGCUGUUAUAUUCCAACUCUAAUUUGUUUCCUAUGAGGAUUAAAAAAAAGAAUAAAUAAGGAUUUGUUCAGA